UCGUUCAGAGUAAAUAAAUCCAAUAUGGCGGCGCCCAUCUAAAAAUCUUUUGUCAAAUUUUUCACUGUAUAUUUUCAAUUUUCUACCUAAAUAGUUGUUAUCCAGCACCAGAAAUAUGUCGGACACGUGGAGCGACAUUCAGGCCGCAAAGUCGAAGACCAGCAGUAUGCGGGAACGACUGGCGAAGCGACGAAAAGAACGUGAAGCUUUGAUGGGCAUUGGCACAUCUGAAAUCAAAACUGAAAAAGCUGAAUCUGACACAUCGACCCCAAGCAUAAGCAAGACUCCAAGUAGCUCAGAAAGCACCACUAAACCUUCAGAAGUAGCCCCAGUAGUCAAACAAGAACCAGCUCCUAUCAAAGUAGAAAGUGCACCUCCUCCAAUCCUCUCUGACCCCGAGGCAGAGACCCAUCUCCUGGUGGCAUUGAAUGACAUUGGUCUGGUAUUACCAGUUGAGUCUGGUGUGUUGGCGAGCACAGUAUGUAAGGAGCUAGGGCGUGAUGUGGCCACAUCAACAGUAGAGAAUCUCCUACAGAAAUUUUCAGCACAGCGUCUCAUCAGUAUCAUGUUUGAGCAGACAGAGGCUGCCCUCCAUCCAGUGUUGACAGUCACAGCUAUAGACCAUAACCAAUUGAGUGCAUUUGCCCCUGCAGUGGACAACACUAGAAAGAGAAAGCUUGAUGAUGACACUCCUGGUAAUUCUACUGAACCUGAUGUUAAACAACAGAAGAGAGAUGCUGUAUCUGUGGAGAGCCUUCUCCUAAAAGAGUCAGCAAAGGAGAUGGAAAACAAGAAAUACACAGAUGAGAUCCUAGCUUUACUCAGUAAGCCCACAGCUAAUGAAAAGUCUUUAGUUGAGAAGUUCAAAUCUCAGGGUGGGCCUCAAUUGAAGGAGUUCUGUGCACAUGGCACCAGAGUUGAGUGUAGAGAGGAGAAUAAGGCAUGGAGGGACUGCAAUAAACUCCACUUUAGAAAGAUAUUACACAAACACACUGAUGAACAAUUAGGGGAUUGCUCAUUCUUAAACACAUGUUUCCAUAUGGACACAUGCAAGUAUGUUCACUAUGAAAUUGACCCCCCAGAGUCAGAAAAACAGGUUGUUGCUAAAACUAUCCCUGUACGAGGCCCUGAUGAACCUGUUAGCACCAAUGACAUCAGAAUGAUUCCUCACCAGUGGGUGCAAUGUGAUCUCAGGUUCUUCGACAUGAAAGUGUUAGGCAAGUUUGCUGUGAUAAUGGCUGAUCCCCCAUGGGACAUUCAUAUGGAGCUGCCUUAUGGCACAAUGGCUGAUGAUGAGAUGAGGCGGAUGGCAGUGCCGUAUCUCCAAGAUGAUGGAUAUCUGUUCUUAUGGGUCACAGGCCGAGCUAUGGAGUUGGGUAGAGAGUGUAUGAAACUUUGGGGUUAUGAGAGAUGUGAUGAGCUGAUCUGGGUAAAAACCAACCAAUUACAAAGAAUUAUCAGGACGGGAAGAACAGGACAUUGGUUCAACCAUGGCAAGGAACAUUGUCUGAUUGGUGUCAAAGGAAAUCCAAAGAAUAUUACAAAUCGUGGCUUAGAUUGUGAUGUCAUUGUGGCGGAGGUGAGAGCAACCAGUCACAAACCUGAUGAAGUUUAUGGAAUUAUAGAAAGGCUGUCUCCUGGGACAAGGAAAAUAGAACUGUUUGGACGGCCUCAUAAUGUACAGCCUAACUGGGUGACAUUGGGCAACCAGGUAGAUGGUGUGAAGCUGGUGGAGCCUGAUGUUGUCAUGAGAUUCAAAAGACGUUAUCCUAAUGGCUACAAACUUGAAACAGACAAUCCCAAAUCUGACAAAGGAGCUAAAGGCAUAAGCUGAUGUAAUUGAACAGUAUGAUGAGGAUUAUAUUUUUUUAAAUGCACAGCCAUUGUCUACAGUCUGGCAAUGUAUUAUCAAAUACAGAAUUUGUUGGUCACUUGUGGUCAAACUUUUUCUUGGUCUUAUACACUUUUUCAUUGGAUUUUUAUAACAUGUAAUUUUUCACUAAUGGUCAUAGUGAUAAAGUCUAGUUUAUUCUAUUAAAUGAUAUUUGCAAGGAAUUAGCUUUAGACAGUAUUAGGACCAUACAAUAUUUCCCAAAUAAACAUAACAACUUUUAUUCAUUCAUAAUUAUGUUCAAAGGCAUUUGAUUGCUUUAUUGCGAGAAGAGAGAAUGCUAUUCCAAUAAUAUAUACACAUUGUAUACUUUAUAAUUGAUAAUUUCCCGACCUAUGAAAUCCAAUUGGUUAACUACUCUAGCGUAGCCAGGAUGAAGCAGACGAGGCACUUGCCUUGUCCCCUUUUUAACAUCCUUUGAGAAAUAUUCCCCUGGCAAUGACGAGUUGUAAAUUAAUUGUAUAGCUUUUACAGAUUUUUAAUCUUAAAUCAUCAAUUUGUGAUUCAAUUGUGAACAAUCUCAUUACGUAAGG